CCCUGGACCACGCGACCACACCCACGGUUGAACCGGGUUCAACCCCCUGGGGGAACCCCUGACCCGGAGAUAACCCCCAAAUCAGCCAGGAAAAGCCCGCCCCGGGCUCUGAUCAAGGAAUGAUCCUUCACACGGCUUCCCUACCACUCAGAUCGGCCCCGCUACAAGUGUCGGAUCAAAAAAUGAUCUGCAUGCUUACCAUAUGGUCUUCUCCGUCCGGACGAGUCGAUACCUGUCCGGUCGGAUCCGAGUGCUGGUCCGGACAGAGCCUCGCAGCCGGCAGGGUAUAUAGGCCCUCUGGCGCCAUCAGCAAUGAACUUCUCUCCAUCAGCUACAACUGCAAUCUGAUUACAGUACACAAAACGAGCACGGAAAUUAACCAGAAAAAACAACAGACGAUUCCCUCCAGAUCCUUUCCUCUCCAUACCACUCAACAAACCCCUGCAAUUCACAACAUAUCACCAUGCGCGUUCUCGUGAUUGGCGGAAGUGGACGGUGUGGCAAGCUGGUCAUCGAUGACCUGCUGAGUCGUGGCCACCAGGUUACGACGUUGGCCCGCAAGCCCGAAUCUCUCGGUGGAGCUCGUGCCGGGCUGAAGGUAGUCCAAGGAACCCCCACCGAACUCGAGGACGUCCGCGCCGCGUUCCAAGCCGACAUUCCCGAUGUGGUAAUUGUGACACUUAACGCCCCACGGGCCAGCGACAGCCCCUUUGCGGCGCCCAUCUCACCCCCUCGGCUCAUGACUGACUGCAACUCCAACGUGCUGGCGGCGAUGAAGGAGUUUGGGGUACGCAAAACGGUCAUCCUGCAGGCGUUUGGGGUUGGGGAAUCGUGGGACAACAUGCACUGCGUGCUGCGGCUGCUGAUGAAGAAGUCCAACAUGUCGUAUCAGUAUGACGAUCACAACGCGACGGCCAAGGCGGUGCAGGCGAGUGGACUGGACUAUGUGAUGGUGCGACCGUCGCGGCUGGUGGAGACGCCCGAUGCCAACCAGCCGGUCAAAGUGUGGCCGGAUCAUGGCAAGGGCGUGCCCAUGAUGGCCAGCACCAGUCGCAUUACGGUGGCCCGCUGGUUGGUGGACGCCGCGGAGAGCAACAAAUGGGAUAACACGGCACCCGUGAUCACCAACUAGAAUCUUCCUCGAUCUGUUCUACUACUGGGCACAUCUCUUGCAUCUCACGAGGGCCGAUCCGGGGCGGAGCGGGUGGGAAGCGGAGAAUUUUGAGGAGACGAACCGAGAGAAAGAACGACGAUCCAUCGGAUCGACAGGGCAAAUGAUUGAUGGACGGUUAAUGUUUCUUUUUUUACAUUUUUUUUCUUCUGUCUAUGGUUUCAUCUUUUUCUGGGCAUUUACACCUGGCAUGGCGUGAACUUUGAAUGUAUGUUAUCAGAUGUCUUGGCCUCGUAUUAAUUGUGGCUUUUUUCUUCAGCAAAAUGCGAUAAACUUUUUUCCUUCCUUCAGCCGAUGAUUUUCAGGG